AUGACGUCCGCUAGCUUUCUGUUCAACCCAUCCUCUUCGCAUGACUACCUCGUCGGCGUCGGCAAGGCUGACAUCACCGGCCCCGUCGUUGAAGUCAACCUCAUGGGCUAUGCUGACCCUGCUCAACUCGGUUCUGGUGUGAGACAGCGUCUGUACUCCCGCGCUUUUAUUCUCGGUGAUACAGACAGUCCACGUGACCGUUUCGUCUAUCUCGUUCUCGAUACUCAGUCCGGAGAUACUGCUGUUCGCAAUGGCAUUCUGGAAGGCCUCAAGCAUCUUGGUCCCGAGUAUCAAGUCUAUGCAAGACAGAACGUUGCUGUCACUGGAACUCAUUCUCACUCUGGUCCUGGCGCUUGGUUGAACUACCUGUUGCCGCAAAUCACUAGCCGUGGUUUCAGUCAUCAAAGCUAUCAAGCAAUUGUCGAUGGUGCUCUCGAGUCUAUCAAGCAAGCCCAUCAGUCGCUUAGUCCUGGCCAACUCUCGUUCGAUUCUAUCGACAUCGAAGAUGCGAAUAUCAACCGCAGCCCCUAUGCCUACCUUGCCAAUCCCGAGCAAGAACGCAACAAGUACAAGCACAAUGUCGACAAAACCUUGACUCUUCUCAAACUGCGUAGAAACAGUGACAAGAAGGACAUUGGUGUCCUGACUUGGUUCCCCGUACACGGCACCUCCAUGCUAGGAAACAACACCCUCAUCACCGGCGACAACAAGGGCGUUGCCGCGUACCUAUUCGAGAAACAUGCAGCUCAACUAGACUCCACAGCCGAUGGCUUCGUGGCCGGCUUCUCCCAAGCCAACGUCGGGGACACCUCUCCAAACGUCAACGGCGCUUACUGCGAAUCCGGCGACGAAGAGGGCGAGCAAUGCGACUUCAAAACCAGUCUCUGCGCUGGCAAGAACGGCCCUUGCCAUGGACGCGGUCCCCAUUGGGGUCUCGAUGACGCAGGCACAGCAUCGGCCUGGGAAAUCGGACGCAGACAGUAUCUCGGUGCUCGCUCGUUGUACGAGUCCAUGACUACAAUGUCGACUUCUACACCCAUCCAAGGCAAGGUCGUCCGCUCCCUGCACACCUUUGUCGAUAUGUCAAAUCAGACUGUCGUGCUGCGCAAUGGCUCACUCGGCCAUACUUGUCCAGCCGCAAUGGGCUAUUCUUUUGCUGCAGGCACAACCGACGGCCCUGGCGCCUUUGACUUCAAGCAAAACAAUCCUGGCGACCCCAAUGCCAGUCCCGUGUGGGCUGUUGUACGCAACAGUCUACAUUCACCCGGUCCCGAGCAAAAAGCUUGUGAGACUGAAAAACCAUAUCUGUGGACUCCAAAUGUUGUCGACAUACAACUGCUGCGUAUCGGUCAACUGUUGAUCAUUGUAGCGCCUGGAGAGGCUACUACAAUGGCUGGACGCCGCUGGAAAGCUGCAUUGCAGAAACAUGCACGGAACGCUUGGGACGAGGCCUCCAAUGCCCCAGAGCCUUUGGUAGUGCUCGGUGGUCCGGCAAAUACAUAUGCGCAUUACAUUGCCACCGAGGAGGAGUAUGGCGUUCAGCGCUAUGAAGGCGCUUCAACUCUGUUCGGACAGCAUACUCUGGCUGCCUACAUGAAUCUCACGCUCGAAAGACUCCCAUAUCUGUCUGGGCAUUCGAUAUCGCAAUCGCCGUUAUUGCCGCCUCAACAUCCCGCUCUACCUUUGCUGGAAAACGGCCCGGAUCCACCCAUCCACACGAACAGUUCGCUGUCUUUCAUUUCUCCCGUCGUCUUUGAUCGUCCUCCGCUGUUCAAAUCUUUCGGCGACGUCACCACCGAUGUGUCAGCCCGUUAUGCCCUCUCCUCUUCACCGACGGUCAAAGCUGUCUUUGUAGCUGCCAAUCCGAGGAACAACCUGAGGCUCGGAGACACCUUUGCGAGUGUUGAGAGGUAUAGCGCUAGAGGGGAGUGGGAAAGAGUCAGGGGUGAUGGAGAUUGGAGUCUUGUGUUUGCGUGGGAGAGGACGAGUACCACCGUGGGCACCAGCCAAGUUACCAUCUCUUGGGAACUGGGGUGGGAGGGAAGGUAUCGCAUCAAGUACUUUGGAGAUGGCAAGGGCAUCGGAGGUAGUAUCACUGCUUUCGAGGGCGUGAGUGGGGAGUUUGAACUUGUUUGA